GAUGUAUUCUACGUUUAUGUUUUGCGUAAAAAAAGAACACAACACGCCCCCUGUGGUUAACCGAAUAACUGGAGAGCCCUUUUAUGGUCAGAAGGUCGCAGUACAGUGACUGCAAGUCUUUGCAAAUUUCCUGUUUCGAUCGGCUUGCUGUAGACGCAAUUUUCUUUUGCUUUUGUUCUUUUAUAUAUAUUUUCUAAUACACGAAGAAUUUCUGAGAUUCUACAUCAGAAUAACCUGAGACAAGCCGCAUAGACAUGGAUUUACAAACUAAAACACCUACUAGUUUGGCAUUUCGCGGGUUACUUCUUAUCUGCGUCUGCAUAAAUAUGUCAGCAGCAAUGUCAGGUCAUGCCGGGUCUAUGAAAGUCACGGCUCCCUACAUCUCCUUCAGCUGCCCAGAGGGUGCCAACGUCACUCUGAAAUGCUCCUUUCAUGGCCACUUGGCUGACAUCCAUGACAAAAUGGGGAGGAACUGGUUCUUCAGCGCAGGGAGGAACCCCCAGUGCAAGGAGAGGGUUCACCCUCGCCACGUGAAGGACAACGGCACCCACACAGGGGUGUUCCUGUCCUCCAACCACAAGGACACCUUCUGGAUAAUCCUCGCCAACCUCACCGUGGCGGACCAGGGCGGCUACUGCUGCUACAUGUACGAUAUCAAAACGGAGCACAACAAACGCCACCUGCUGGGCAGCGAACACGGCUACAUAGAGCUCAACGUCACCAAGAACGGCAACAGCUCCAAUCAGAAGUGCAUCUCCCACGCUGCCCCUCACGCUCCCGAGGACAGCAAGGAAGGCUCGACAGCGCUGGGCUUAGCGACAGCAGGAAGCAUCUUGGGAGUCCUGUCCCUGCCUGUCAUCCUCCUGCUGGUGUACAAGCAGAGGCAGAGCAUUGUAUCUAACAGACGGGCCCAUGAGCUUGUGAGGAUGGACAGCGAGGCCCUGGGUCACGAGAACCCCGUUUUCGACGAGGUGCAACACCCCAGUGUGAAGACCCGCAGCGUCACUCAGAUAAUGAUGAGGCAGUCGUCAGAGACAGGGCACCACUUACUGUCCGAGCCCGGCACCCCACUCUCCCCACCGGCACUCGGGGACUGCUUCUUCCCUUCGCAAGAACCCAUUCCGGAAUCACCUGAUUUAAUAAAUGUAUAGAAUGAAAAAGAAAAAAAAAAAGCUGUACACCUGCCACAGAUUCUCGCUGUAUUUUCAAAGGAAACAUACUGCAUAUCAACCCCACAUCUGUACCUGUUCUUUCAUUCAGGGUUUUUAAGUUUUAAAAGACAGACGUGACCUGUAUGUGGUACCAUAUUGCAAGGCUUUCACAGUUUCAUGCUUACUGGUUCCUAUGUUGUGCGGGAUAAAGCCACUCCCGCAACACUAACAGAAACUGGACCAAACUAUCAGAGCACUCGCUUGCAGGGGGGAACUUGUAUGCAACGCAGUGCGCUGGUACGCCUCGCCUCAGACAAACAACAAGAACAUUCCUGGGCAUGGAUUCGGAUCUACCCGGGGAGCAAACACAGUCAUGGAGGAACCAGACAUCUGGGUCUCAGCACAAGGAUGCCAGACCUCAUACUACAGUCUUAAAAAAGGGCUACCUGAAAUUUCCGAAACACCAGGCAAGAAAGGACGGUGUAUUAGCAAGAUGUGACAUGGUUAAAAAUCUGAAAAUACAAUGUGUUCCUAUGAUGAGCCUGUAAAUAUAUACAAAUAUAAAAUCACCAAGUGCACAGUGCAUCUUCCAAGCAUUGCAUGAAACAGAGUGUGUCCCUGGUACAUCCCUUAUAAAAGUUUCCCCACAGUAAAAGCCUAGCAAUGUGUAAUAAGCAUAGUGAAAGCAAGGUAAAGCACAGGCAAGCAUUGUAAAACCCAGGAGGUAUGAUAAAUCAUAAUAAAAAAACUUUUAAAAGGGAUACAGUCUAGUUUUUCAGUGGAAAAUGAAGGGACAUUCAUUUGUUGAAUGUGUAUGCUUAUUUCUAAUUCAUAACACCUGUAUCCAAUGUUAGCACCUUUUUUGUACAUAGCAUUCCUCUGCUGAUUUCAAUACCUGCCCAUAAUGUGUGUGUGUAUAUAUAUAUGUGUGUUAUGUUUGAAAGGUUUCUCAGUAUAUGUUUCAUUUUCAGUUAGAGAAAUUAAGAAGGCACUAGCCAAAAUGUUUGCGUGCUUGACUUAGGGGUUUGUUUGAAGGAACCUGUACCCCACAGGGAGAAACCUGGCAUUUUGUAGGACUGGAGUACCUGUGGAUUGCAUCAUCACCUUGUCACAUUAAACAUGCGGUUGAUGUUAUCUAUCUAAAUCUGUUCUGAGAACAGGUUGAUCAGACCAGUCCCAUAGUUUGAGUUUUACCUUUUUUGCAUCAAUACUGGGUGUUGAAAAGGGUUACAAUUAUUAGCGCAGUUGAAGCGAAGGUAAAUUAUCAAACUUAACCCAUUCAGUCCUGAACAAUUUUUUGUCGAAAUUAAAAUUAUACAAUUCAAAAAGGAACUCCUUCACUGAGUAUACAUGAGAACAGGACAAAAAUGAAUUGUCGUACACGACCUCAGACUGGGACCGAGUUUCCAACGUGAUUUCCAACAGCAUAGAUUAAUAAACGCCGCUAAGACAAGAUCCCAACAGAACUGAAAAGAGUUAAAAAGAGCAAAGUUAACGACCAGCGAUGAGGGCGGUUUCUUGUCUCUCCAGUCAUGCGACGGUCCAGAGUUUAAUUGUUCUCAGCUCUAGCAGGCCAUGUGGCACAAGCGUCUUCCAGUAUCUGUUAUGUUUUUAGCUUUCUGUGCAUCAGUCUGUCAAAGAAUGUAUUGUUUACCGUUUACAUUUUAUUUGGGGGGGCGAGGGGGAGAGGAAUUAUACUGUUAAAGAAAAUAAAUCAAGUUAUAUUGUUCUUAAAUUAUUAUGUUUUUAUGCCUGCCCCCAAAAGAAAUUAAUAAUAAGGUGUGUUUCUAAUAAACUGGCCUGACCCUCACUGGUCUGAUUGAUACAGCUCGGGAAGUGGUUUCUAAAAAACAGGCCUGACCCUCUCUAUUUGGACUGUACUGUGUUUUUCUUAGAACAAAAGCUACUGCUCCCCGAACCACCCCCUUUCUUAUUCCCCUUCUGGUUGACUGACCCAGGUUUGUGUAACAGGAAGCCGGGUGAACCAUACAAUUUUACAUUUCAGAAGUUGCUCACCUCAAGCAUGGAGAGAAAGCCAGCAGUCAUUUUGAAACAGGAAGUUUGCGAAUAGUAUGUGACGCAGCUUCCUCUUUCUCAGAACACGUACCUUUUUGUGGUUUCCUGUUUUUGCCAGCCUGGCAGUAUAAGGUUUCUAAACGAUCAACAAAACAGAUUAAGACACCUUCCAUUCAUUACGUUAUCGCCCACGAGCACCCCCAACACAGUCACACCACCGGCCCAAAAAAGAGAUACCAAACGUAGGUAAGCUGAGCAAGCCCAGGGGCCCCCUGGAGCACCUUUCACAACCAUCAUUUACUUACUUAAAAGUAGCUUAUAAAUGUCUUUUUUUCACAUUUCCCUUAUCUUACAUUCUGAAUGGUUCUAGGUUCUUGUGCUCCAAUACUGAAUUUGAAUCGUUGAAUUUGAAUAUUUUGUUCAUAUUGGCAGUAUUGGCACUGUGAUUGCUGGCACCAGUAUACAAAUGAUCAAAAUUAAAAAUAGUUUCCCCGU